UUUUUCGGGAGCUGCUCUCGGCGGCAGACGAGUUGCGAGGGCUGAUUCUUCCCCGGCCGCGGUUGCGGCGUCAGCGGAGGUGAGGCCGUCUUGGAUUGCCAGCCGGUCUCCGUUUCCCACCGCCGCCUCCACCACCACCGCCGUCAGAAGUCGGGCGCUUUACCUGUUGCUGCUGCUGGCGUCGCUCCCUUCUUGCCUGCCCUUCCCUUCCCUUCCCUGUUCUCUUUAGUCACCCGCUGAGUCGCUGCUUCCUCUUCCUCACCUGGGCCCCGCCGCCCCUUCGGACCUCGGCGCGCUCAACGUCUUGCACCUCCAGGCUACUUCAGCUUCUGUCCCGUUUUCCUCUCGCCGCCUUACCCGCUUCCCUCUCUCCUUCUGGCUCCCGAUACACCCGGCUUGCAUUUUUCGUCUUCCCAGUGUUCUGCUCUUUCUCAGGCCUUUCUGACUCCGGAUCUUUCUGCUUCCUUCCCUCGUUCCCUAAAACCCAUGCCUGUAGUGCCUAGUCCUUUCUUCCACUUGAUUCCAUUAUCCCAUGACUUUUCCACCUUCUCCUUUGUCUGUGGCCGGCCCCCCAGUUCUUUGGCUUCUGCCUUAAGACCCCAGCCAUUUUACUCCCUCUCUGUGGAGUCAGCCUUGGGGACCUCGCUUCAAUCCCCUCUAUAACUCCUUAUGCACCCCACUCACCACCUGCAGUCUCCAUUUUUCUGCCCUAGCCCACUUAAUGCCUCUACUCCUUUCUUCAUCUCCAUAUGCUUUGUUUCACUUCCUGUCCCACCCUCCUUAUGCCAAGUUGAAACAGUGAAGGGUGGGCUUCUUCAGAGGCUUGCCUUAUAACUCUCAAUGUUGAACCUGAAAUCGAUGUGGUUACCACCACCACCUUGACCAUGGCUUUGCUGGGCCCUGAGGGAUCUGCCGAAGGAACUUUGGGAAUCGGUGGCACCUCCAGCCCACUCUGGACUGUGCUGUAUGACUAUGAAGCCACCGGGGAAGAUGAGCUGAGUUUGCGGCGAGGGGAAAUGGUUGAAGUUCUCUCUAAAGAUGCAGCAGUCUCCGGAGAUGAUGGCUGGUGGGCAGGCAAAAUCCACCACCGCCUUGGUAUAUUUCCAGCCAACUAUGUGACUUACCAGCCAGGAUGUUAUCAACAUCCCCAGCUAGGGUUCUUGGAGAAGCCAGGGCAUAAAGCCCAAAACCUAGCUGUGAGUGAUGGGCAUCCAUGUGGUGGUGACCGCAUGGGUUCUUUAGUGGAAAUUGACUUCCAGCAUCUGGAAUUACAAGAGAUCAUUGGGGUUGGUGGCUUUGGUAAAGUUUACAGAGCUAUAUGGAAGGGCCAAGAAGUAGCAGUGAAAGCAGCCCGGCAGGACCCAGAUGAGGACAUCAUGGCCACUGCAGAGAGUGUGAGGCAGGAAGCAAAAUUGUUCUCUAUGUUGAAGCAUCCCAAUAUCAUUGAACUUCAUGGUGUAAGUUUGCAGGAGCCAAACCUCUGCCUGGUCAUGGAGUUUGCCAGAGGAGGACCCCUCAAUAGAGCAUUGUCAGGUGCUUCACCCACAAGCAGUGGCAGCCACUGGGGCCAUCGCAUACCUCCUCAUAUACUGAUCAACUGGGCAGUACAGAUAGCUCGUGGAAUGCUUUACUUACAUGAAGAAGCCAUAGUUCCCAUCCUUCACAGAGACCUCAAGUCAAGCAACAUUCUUUUGCUUGAGAAGAUAGAGAAUGAUGAUAUUCAUAACAAAACUUUGAAGAUUACAGACUUUGGCUUGGCUAGAGAGUGGCACCGAACAACCAAAAUGAGUGCUGCAGGAACUUAUGCAUGGAUGGCACCUGAAGUUAUCAAGUCAUCCAUGUUUUCUAAAGGAAGUGAUAUCUGGAGUUAUGGCGUUUUGCUGUGGGAACUGCUUACGGGAGAAGUUCCUUAUCGUGGCAUUGAUGGUCUUGCUGUGGCUUACGGCGUUGCUGUCAAUAAGCUUACUUUGCCCAUUCCAUCCACCUGUCCUGAACCAUUUGCUAAACUAAUGAAAGAGUGCUGGGCGCAGGAUCCUCAUAUCAGACCAUCAUUCACCUUGAUUCUUGAGCAACUUACUGCUAUUGAAAGCGCUGUGAUGACUGAAAUGCCUCAGGAAUCUUUCCAUUCCAUGCAAGAUGACUGGAAACUGGAAAUCCAACAGAUUUUUGAUGAAUUAAGAACCAAGGAAAACGAGUUGAGAUCACGAGAAGAAGAGUUAACAAGAGCUGCUCUUCAUCAGAAGUCUCAGGAAGAGUUGCUGAAACGGCGUGAGCAACAGCUAGCAGAGCGGGAGAUUGAUGUACUGGAAAGAGAACUAAAUAUUUUGAUAUUCCAGUUAAAUCAAGAGAAGCCCAAUGUGAAGAAGAGAAAGGGAAAGUUCAAGAAAAGCCGAUUAAAACUUAAAGAUGGGCAUAGAAUUAGUCUGCCUUCAGAUUUUCAGCAUAAGAUAACAGUGCAAGCUUCCCCAAAUUUAGAUAAACGAAGAAGUUUAAACAGUAACAGCUCUAGUCCACCAAGUAGCCCCCCAAUUAUUCCCCGUCUUCGAGCUAUACAGUUAACCUCAGAUGAAAGUAACAGAACAUGGGGAAGAAGCACAACUUGUCAUCAGGAAGAAUUUGAAGAAGUGAAACGAAGUUUUAAAAAGAAAGGUUGUACGUGGGGACCAAACUCAGUUCAAACAAAAGAGCGUACUGAAUGUAAAGAAAGACCCCCUGUCUUUGGAAGCAACUCCAAUCCAGCAGAAGCUUCCACUGGAGGAAGAGGACUGGAGAGAGUAAGACCCCUCUCAGAUGGCAGUAGUCCUUGGUCAACACUUUUGAUGAAGAAUCAAAAAGGUGUCCCAUUAGCUUCUUUGUUCAUGGACCAAGAGCAGAAACUUUCCUCCGAAGGUCUGGAUACUAAGCGACCAAAGCAGUUAAAAUUGCCAAAUCAGGCCUACGUUGAUCUACCUCUUUGGAAGGAUGACCAAGGACUAAAUUCUGCAGAACAAGAGAGUUUCGAUGAAGCAAAUUCUGCAAGUUCUGCAAAUAGCACUCCACAAAUGACCCCUACAAACAGUCUUGGUAGAACAGUGCAGAAAAAUAAAACUGAAUCUGUGUUAUAUGGGUGUGCUGUCCUUCUUGCAUCCAUAGCUCUGGGCUUGGAUAUCCGCGAGCUAAACAGAUCGCAGGUUCCAGAUGAAGCCCUGCCCAAGGAAGAAAAGAAAAAGCGUGAUGGACUCUUCCAGCGAGCUUCUAAGUUUCGAAGAAGUGCAAGCCCUGUGAGGCUGCAGGCCAAAAAAGAGGAGACACACAUCCCUUCACUCUGUCCUUCUGCAAGUACUGUGAAUCUUCUGUCUAUGUCUUCUGUUUCCACGAAAUGCCUCCUUCAGUCUGAUAGCGAAGAUACAGUUGUGAACAUACCACGCAAUAACAAAGAUGUACCUGCUGAGCAAUAUUUGUCUGAAAGCCAUGUAAGCAAAAGAGGACACUUGGUCAAAGAUGAUCUUGCUAUCGCUUCUAGUUUGCCGUCUCCCAGUGUUCCUCUGAAGCAAAAAACUCAGUGUAUGGCAAAUGCUUCUUCCUCAAAAGGGAGAGUUUGGAGUCACAGGCGGACCAUGUCAGAUGGAAAUCCAUGUCAGUCUACAACUAAUGGAAUUGCCAAUGGGGCUCCAGAGGUUCCGCAUACUCCACCUCUCCAACAGAAAAGUUUCUGCAGUGAUCCUUCACCUGUAAAGCAAGGAACUGUCAAUAUUAUACCAAGACCUCGACCAUCCUCUUUAAGAAUCCGGCUGGAUCCGUGGCAGGCAGUUUCACAAAGUGUGAAGUCAAGCCCUUUUGUGGUAGAUAAUUUAGAGGGUGAUAAAGGACGUACAAAAGCUAACCUGUUGACGGAUGCCAAGGAGAGAACUAAGUCCCAUAUGCCCUCUUUACUUGAUAUUGAUGUAGAAGGUCAAAACAGUGACUCUACUGUGCCUUUGUGUAGGAUUAAGAGUAAAGCAUGUCGACCAUCAAUAUAUGAACUAGAAAGAGAAUUCUUGUCUUAAGUGCCUUGUAUUUUUAAUGUUUUUAAAGAGACAAAUAUGUAAUGAUUGUUAUGUGUGCCUGUGAUGACUUUAUGCUACCUUUUUCUAAAUUUUACAAUCAGUAGAACUGGUAUUGUACCAGACAGAUACUAAAUAUGGAUAUAAUGUUAAAAGGGAGGGAUGCUCUCCAACCUCAUCUGUAGUGUUGAUGUUGAAGAACGGUAUUCUGAAUGAUAAUCAAUACAUUUCGCAGAAUUUUAGUAUACUUUCCCCUUUUUGUUAAAUGUCAAGAUCACAUGCACACACACACACUUUUUUUCCCUACAGCAGUUUCAAGUUUGUCUUUAGUGUUAUAUUUCAUUAACAAUAUUAUCUGCAAUAUUUUAGAUCUCCAUUGUAGUCCAGAGAUAUUCUGCCUGUCACCAGCUUUUAGGAAAGAAUGCUCUUGUAAACUGUGACUUUCUUGAGAUGCUGUUGUGAAAGUGUACUAUGCUUUCUUGAAUACAGAUAUGGUAGAGACUACAUUUAGUAAAUAGCCACACUGGACAAUUUUAGGACACAGCUGUGAUAUAAUAACAGUUAAUGUUCCCUUAAUUACAAUAAAGGUAGAAUUUUCCUAAAGUAAUUGCUCCUAAUUAAACCUGAAGUUAUACAGAAAUAUGCAUGUUUGGGGUCACAAUUUUCAGUUGAAACAUAUUUUGACUAGGCAAUCUUAAGACAGUAAUCUGGUAAAAAAAAUAAGUUUCAUAUGCACUACCAGGGCGUUAUGGAGUGAGACACAGCAACAAUGUAAAUUAAGCCACUCUAGCAUAAUGUCAAAAGCUUCCACUACCUUGCUGAUUUCCUCAGGGGAUUUUUUUUUCCUGGAGAAAUCAGGAUACCAAUUAACGUUUUUCACAUUGUGCUCUAAGAGUUUAUGCUAGCACAAGGUCAUUUAUAUUGGUAUUUAUGUCCUGUUGGAUAUUGCUUUUGUUAUAUUUUGGCAAAGGUAUGUGUAUACCUAUACAUCCUGUUAAUAAUAUAUUGUUAGUAACCUGAUCACAGUUACUAAAUCAAGACCAACUUGCUUUAAUAAAUGUAAUAGAAACAGAAAAGGGCAUUUUAAAAUGAGCUUUGUUCUGUUCAUUGUACUUAAUGUCCACUGCAAAUGAAAAUAUUAGAGAAUCUCAAUUAUUAGGAAACUUUCAAUGGAAUAAGUAUUUCAUAUAUUUGUGCCAGCUGUGGCAAUGCUCAUUAUUUGAACAUGUCAGUAUAUAUAAGAUCUGAGUUCAUAUUCAGUGUCAUUAAACACAAAUUAAUUAUUGGUCAAAGUGCACUUGAAAGUGAUAACAUGAGCAAUUUAAUUUAAAUCCUGUUCUGGCCAGUUAGAAUGUUACAGUAUUGGUGCUAAAUGAAUUCUUGAAGGCAUUAUUAAGGUCGUAAGUUUUCUGGAAUUGAUUCUCCUAAAUUCUUCAAAAGUUGUGUCACUUUGGUAUAUUAAUAAGUGCUUCACAAAUGAAGAUGGGUGGUAACAAACCAUUUAUCUGCUGUAUUUGUGGGACAUUGUUUGAAAGGUUUUGGCAAAGAUCUAAACAUUGCAGUGCAUGAUUGGAAAGGGCUUCCUUGUGUAUGUGUGCUCUAAGCUUACCUGCAUGUAGCCUUUGAUUGUGAUGAAUUUCACUCUAGAAAGUCCUCUCACAAAUGAGAGCAGCUUGCCGGGAGGGACCACAGUGGGGAAAGAGGGUAAAGAAGCACCACUGAACACAGGGAGUGACCCUGCCCAGAGACAUUUCGAUUCCACCCUUUUUCAUUCCUUAAACAUUAGAGGUUGGAUUAACACAUCACAAAGUUUUACGGUAGUGCCAAGUAUUAAAAGUGCUGCCCUCUGCUCCAAAGCCAUAUUCUCUAUUCAUUUAAAGUUCAUGAUGAUAGAUUUGUUAAUUAUAAUGGGUGUGAGUUGCAAUAGUGUAUUUGUGUUCUGCUGAUGGUGACAUGUAAAAGUAAUUUGUGCAAAAUGGCUUGGAAUAAGCUGAGAAGAAGAAAUUACCAAUAUUUCUUUUGACUCAAAGUAUUAUGUCUACUAAAAUGUUAUGGCACACUGUCUGCUAGUUAUAAUUGUUCUUGUGUUUGUAUAGUAGGUAAUAACUUAAGAGUUUUGUUUUUAGUAAUAACUCUUUCUAUCCAAUACUUUGGAUAGUUCUGUCAUUUUCUGACAAACAGUAGCUUUUGAAAGCCUCAUAUGCUGUGCAGUAGUUUUUAAAAUUGCCCCUUUAAGUCAGGUACAAUUUAAUUGAAUUUUAGAGUUUUAUCAUUUCAAAUUUAAUUAUCUGAUUCUUUGUGUAAAGAUAGGUCACAGUUGUAUAGGAAAGUCUGGUAAAUCAUGCAUGUAGUUGGUAUAUUUGAUAUGUGAGGCAAAUUCUAGAGACUCUAGGUGUAGUUUCUUUUUUCUGGAAUGAGAUAGUAAGCCCUGGUUUGCAUGUAACACCAGCCCAUGGUAUGGCUUUUUGAAUUCUGGGUUGUUGUGUGAACACUGAGCACAAACAACCCAGAAAGAAAAUAGUUUGUUAUUGGGUUGUGAACUGUGGAUUAUUUAAAACAUGCAUUGUUAUGUGUGAGCCCAGAACUGUGGGUUGUUCAUGAGUUGUUUUGCCUGGCUACAGGAACAGUAGACAGGUCUGUCUGUCUGUCUUUCCUUCUGUCUGUCCCUGUCCCUUUGCCAAUACUACAGUACAGCAAAAACAUUUGGAAUACAGGGAGGGAAUGGUAAAAGAGGAGAGCAAAAACAUCUCAGGAAUUGAGAGGACAAACCAUAGUUUGUUCAAUCAUCUAUGAGACAAAUUAUGUGUAACAAACCAUAAGAUAUAUAAAUCAUGUUGAUGUUAUGUACAAACCAGGCCUAAUAAUCUCAUCCUAAAGAGGUUAUCUUUGCCUUCUCCAUGAAUCUCUCAGGAUGCAUAGUCAAAUACCUUGGGCUGGAACCAGACUUUACUCCCACUGGUAGAAGGGGAGAAGAGACUUUAGCCAUUUACUCUUCUCCUUGCAGCAAUUUGUGCCCUGCAAAAGCUUGUUCUUUCUAGAGCAGAUUUUCAAAGCGUAAUGACAGACUUAAUAACAGUAUCCUUAAGUCUGUCAUUCGCAUAACAGCGAAUGACAGACUUAAUAACAGUAUCCUUCCCAUUCGGCUCUCUGGAGUCAACUGCAGUCCCACCCCGUCACUACCUACAAUAGAUCAAACAUUUUCCAUGGAUCUUCCGUUUAAUCUUCCCACCAUGGAAGAUUUCACAAAAUCUGACUGCAGACCCUUAUAAAUGGGAUCUGUUUUUAAUUUCAUCUUCACAGUUAAUUUUGACAUGCAGUGUAGGAAGAAGGAUGAGCACAUUUUAAAUCAGAGUACCUUAGAUAUGCUUGACUUUGGCAAGAUUGUGCGUUACAUUCUGAUUUCUUGAGAAAACUAUAUUGCUCAAAAGGUAUGUACCUGCCUGUCUGAAUAUUUAUACCUAUGCAGAAUUCUGCAUUCAUGUAAACAAACAAUUAGUCCCAAUCAUCUGUGAUGAUAUCUAGAUCAAUAAGUUGAAAUAAAUGUAAGAGAUAGUUUUGCAUGGUAUAAGGAGAAAUCGUGUGAAUUGUCUCCAAUAAAAAGGUUCUGUGUGUCAGAAAAUUUUAAA